AAGGGGUCUGAAACCUAGAUACAUACAGAACUGUAUAACAUAGCAGAGCAGCCAGACGGGGGUGUUAAACAAAUUCCGAUGAAAAAGCCAACGCAGCUCAAUCCCAACUGGGCUCAGCUCUGUCAAAAAUUUGGCUAUGGGUCCAAGAAACCAUUAUCAGACACCCAAGAUUCUAUUUUAGGAAAGAGGAAAGAGAGGACUGAUAAUGAGGAGGUUAAUGAAAGUGAGGUGAAUGUUCUUGCUCCGACUUCAUCCGAUUCAAGUAUCACAAAUGAGGUUGCCAUGGAUUGUGAAAUGGUUGGCGUCAGCCCUCUAGGAAACAAAAGUGCUCUUGGAAGGGUCACAUUGGUAAAUAAGUGGGGAAACGUUAUAUAUGACGAGCAUGUUCGUCCCGUUGAACGUGUGGUUGAUUUUCGUACUCAAAUAAGUGGCAUUCGACCUCGAGACUUAAAAAAAGCAAAAGAUUUUCGGGUUGUUCAGAAGGAAGUGGCAGAAUUGCUCAAAGGGAAGACUCUUGUUGGCCAUGCAUUACGAAAUGAUCUUAAGGCCUUGUUAUUAAGUCAUCCGAAGCAGGAUAUACGAGAUACUGCAGAAUAUCAACCAUUUCUAAAAGAAGGGCGUAGCAAAGCACUCAGACAUCUUGCAGCCGAAGUCCUUGGUGUCAAGAUCCAAAACGGCGAGCAUUGUCCUAUAGAAGAUGCCCGUGCUGCGAUGAUGCUUUACAUGAAGAAAAAGCGGGAGUGGGAAAAAUUUGUUAAAGAUUUUGCCAAGAUGAGACUAAAGCAGAAGAAGCGUAAGCCGAAGAAACAUAAACAAGAAAGUUGACCUGCAUCUUAAAUUCAGUGUAAGGCUUUCUUCACAGAUCAAAUCUGAGUUGGAAGUUAUCUGUGGUGGCUUCAUGCGGCAGUAAUCAAUGCCAUUUUGAUGAAAUCGGUAUCUUAUAGUUGUCGCGAAUGAUGAUAAUGAUCAUCUAUUGAUCAAGAAUUUUGAUUUUUGGCAAGUUGCUAAACAUUUUAGGUCUUUGUAAAAUGUGUUUGUAAAAGGCUAAUUCGAGCCAAAAUUUUGCUACGCUAAAACUGAAAAGGAACAUCAAACUUCAGUGAUUCAACAGGUUUGGGGGAAAACAGAAGUGCGAUUACUUGUAUUUUUUUUACAAUUUAUCGUGUACACUUUGUUUUUGUUA